GCGUUUGUAUUGGAAUAAACAUGCUUACCGAGUGAGCACUUUUGCGCCUAUAUAAUCAUUCACGAAAUACUACGAUAGUGCCACUGAUAGAGAUAUAAGAGGAGUCUUUGCCAUAGACCAAUACAACAUUGUACGAUUCGCACAUUUUUCAAUAUUCAAUCAUACACCGAACAGUGAAUACGGGUUUUUGACUACACGCUGUCAUCAUUCGCUGUGUGUUCAUAACGCGCACAUUUUUUUCCGUCAAUCUUUCACCCACCGUUUUUAUUUCAAUUUUACGCGAUUUAAUUGCGACAUACACGUUUUUUUGUGUUGACGAUUUUAUUUUUGCCGAUUCGAUUCUGUUUUUUCUUCAAGACAAAAAUAAAAAAAAUAGCAAAAAUCUGUGCGUGCAAUCAGUAAAUAAGUGUGAUUUCAUUCGAUGUUCGUAUUGCUUCAGACACAUGAAUUUAAAUCGUGUGCAUAAAAAUAAAUACUGUCUAAAUAAAUUCGAGUUGAUUGAACGAAAGAAUUUAGUGGUCGACAAUAAACAGAGAAUAUUCAGCGGAAUCAGUAGAAAAAAGAAAGAAAAACCAAAACAGGCGUCAAUUGACAGUUACAAAAAUUCAUUCCGUGCAUUUCACUAUUUCAAUUAAAAGCAAAAUCAUCAACCAUGGAAAUUGAAUUCGAUAUCAAUAGUAUGGACAAAUUGCCGGAACGUAAAUACGAAUAUUUGGAUCACACAGCCGAUGUUCAAUUGCACGCAUGGGGCGAUACACUUCAGGAGGCGUUCGAACAGUGUGGCGUCGCAAUGUUUGGCUAUAUGACAGAGAUUGAAACCGUGGAAUUAAAGCAGUGUUUCAAAAUUACCGCAUCCGGCGAUGAUAUCGAAAGUCUUCUGUUCCAUUUCCUCGAUGAGUUGCUGUUCCUAUUUUCCACCGAACCAUUUUUAACGUGCGCCAAAUUGGAAAUCAGUAAAUUUGAUUUGGUCGACUUUGAGAUCGAUUGUCUGUGCUACGGUGAACCGUUUCAAUUGGGAAAGCAUCCGCAAGGCACCGAAGUUAAAGCAAUUACCUACUCGGCCAUGCAAGUCAUACAAAGGCCAACGAAAAACGAAGUUUAUGUCAUCAUCGAUAUCUGAGAGAAUGUGAAGCGCUCCAGCGACCAACAUAUUUUAAAUGGGCUUCAAAGAGAUGCUCGCUCUUUUUUUGAUACGUAAUUUCAUACAUGUUAAGCAAUAUUUUAGAAGAAAUUAAAAAAAAAUUAAAGGACUAAGUCUUUGAAUUGACUGUGUAACCAAAACAUGAAAAAAAUCGAGGCAAAAGAAUAUUUUUUUAUCAAUCGAAUAAUAGGCAUUAGACUUUUUAUCCAUAAAAAAUAACAUCUUUUUUUGUAUGAUACAUUUAUAAUCGAGUAAACGAUAUUUGUGAAUCAUAAAGAUAACUAUAUGUAAUAAAAUAAAAAUAAUUCAGGAAUUAGCAAUACUGUAUGCAAA